AUGGUGGUGUGGAUUCAACUCCCGGCUUUCCCGGUACACUUUUACCACAAGGAAAUUCUGUUCACGAUAGGGAACAUGAUUGGUCAGGCAAUCAAGCUUGAUUUUCACACACAACACCAACAACGUGCGAAGUUCGCUCGGAUAGCUGUGGAGCUCGACCUCUCCAAACCUCUGAUCACACGGAUCCGGCUGGACGGAAAGUGGCAAUACAUCGAGUACGAAAAUCUGCCAACCUGUUGCUUUGAAUGUGGCAAAAUUGGCCACACUUCCUUGACGUGCCCCCUUACGAUGAUGAAGGCUCAACAGUCACAAUCGGAACCGUCUCAGAGGUCGCCGGAAAACUGGGAAGAAACGCCGUCGGAGGACAAGGCCGGUUUCGGGCCUUGGAUGCAAGUGACGCGUCGAACCCGGCGAAACAACAGGAAGGCUGAGAAAGGAAACUCUAACGUCAAUCAGGGAGAGGCGGCUGGUAAUGGAAGGCCUGGGAAAGGAAAGCAUGUGAAUACAGAUGUGGAAAUCCUUAACGGAAAGAAGGGAGGACAAAAGGAAACUGGAAAAAAGGAAACUGGGGCUCAGGAAAAAGGAAGGGCCGAUGAUAAUGGCCAACGAAAAGGGAAGGAAGGGGUUGGUAAAGAUAUGGUGGAAGAGGCAACGGGUGGGAAAGGAAUUCUUGGGCCCAUUCCGUCUGCGAAAGCUGGACUCUUUGCCGGGCUUAAUAAGGAGACGGGCCUGUCCAGGAGCAAGGAGCCUGGAGCUAAACCAAGCUCUAGUGGAAACAGGCCGAGUGGAGGCCAUAAUAAACCAAAGCCCAAUGACAACACUUCUCCUGCAAGCCCGCCGCCCACUACACAGCUGACAGGCCCGAAUGCCACGAACAUUCAGAUUGUAAGUGUCCCAACGCUGGAGAUGCAAAAAGAGUCGGCGGCUAGAGCAGAGGCUCCAUCGGCGACAGCCCGGACCAAAAAUCGCAGCCCUCAAAACAAAAAGAAGGCAAAGUCGCCUCGCAAGUCUCCGACGAAGGUGGCGAUGAGGGCUCUUCAAGUCUGGACGCCGGUCAAGCAGAGGAAGUCAAAGGCUAGAGCAAAAAUGGCGUCCUUGACCCUCGAAGAGAUCGCAGCUUGGACAAGUGCUGGGCAAUCGGGACAGGAAGUAGGAGGGGAGCCGGGUCUGCCAAAGAAAGAUUCUCGCAUGGCGGUGGCAGAUCUAGCUAAUCCGACAGCGGCUUCCUAG